AAUUCAUGUCAAAGUUCGCCUUUCCUUCCGUGUGUCCCUUGUAGUGAGUCCUGUUCCUUCUUUUGGUCUGAGUGUUGGUGAGUAGAGCAAGAAAGGGGCCAGCCCCGAGAAACAGACGUGUACAAUCUGGGCUGGCCUAGUUUUCCCUCUACAACAUAUAGGGAAAGUACCAAUCUGUAUUCCUCUUUUGUUGUAUAGAUACUCAGAGCACAGCAGAAAACAGUCAUACACCAAAACGUCCUCAUCACAUACACACACUGAGCUCAGGAAGCAACACACACACUGUCUUGGUGCACAGCAGAGGAAACUGCAGGACCUGUGCAGGCAGUCGUCAGCUCUUAACAUUUGUCUUCAAGUAGCUCUGUGCGCCACUGUCGGUCUAACGAUGCCACAGCGUACCCAGCAUUGCCUCGUCCACGUCCUCCUGCUGUGGAUCACCGUCCUGUCAAUCAUGCAAGUCGUGUUCAUCAUCUUCUACUUCACAGUUGAACGUCAGAGGACAACGCAAAUCCAGCCAAACAACACGCCGUCGUUUUCCUCCAAACAUGACCUCUUGGGAAAAGGGAAAAUGCUAACCUUUCAGGCUUCUGGGAUAUACAACAAGAAGGUUAAAUGGUUGGCGAAGAAUCCAGACGUGAGACCACUCAAGGCAACCUCAGGGGUUCUGACCAUAGAGGAGGAUGGUUACUACUUCCUAAAUCUCCGGGUGACACUGGACUCCUGUGAAAAAGAGUACACAGUGGCUCUGAAGUGUGACAACAACACCCUCCUGCAGGUCAACACCAAGCUGUGCAGCACGGGCCUCCUGGGCAAGGUAGAGGAGCUGUCUGCCGGAGGGACCCUGGAGCUCACCAUCAACUCUGAACCCAAUGAGGACAUUCACAUCAGUGAGUCUGCAACUCACCUGGACAUCAUCUACAUGAAGAUUGUUCGAGAGGUCUGAAUUCAAAAUGCACCCCAACUGAAUUUAAAAUGAUUUAAUGUCAUAUUAUCUCCGCCGAUAAGGUAAUCAUGCCGUGCAGCAGCUCCGGGAUUGGUCCUGGGCUGACGAGAUCACUACGACUUCUUUUCAAAUUCACACUUAAAAGGUCAGCUGUGUGGUAAUUUAGAUAUUUAACAAUAUGAAGUAAACUGUAGGUAUGAGGGGAUCUUUAUACUUUUAUAUUACAUAUUAGAGAAGCAAAGGUGGAUUGUUGUCAUUGCUUCUUAAACAACAUUUGAACGUGUCUUACUGGGCUGUUUAUUAGAAUGUAUUUGCAGUUUAAUACGUGUAUUUAGCUCCAUGAAUGUAUUGUUCUGAAGUGCAACAUCUGGCAGAAAAACUAACUUUUGAAGCCAGACUGUUAUUUGCACAAAUCAUAUCCAGCUUAUUGCUAAUUUAUUACUUGAUAUCUUUUAACCAUGUUAAUUAUAUAUUUAUGUUUGUAUGUAUUUAUGUACAGUAUAUGUAGGGAUAUACAACAACAUUCUUUGGACAGGUGUGUCACUGUGUAACAUACAUACACUGUAUGUACACUGUUUUCUUUAUUAAUUGUUGCAAUAAAAUAUUUAAAAUUGUGCAAACUCAACCAUUUAGCUUGUAAGUGUACAAGAAGAAAGAAAUGUCAGUGUGGAAUUCUUGUUUCUUUUCAUUAUAAUGAUCUUAAGACACUGAAUUUAUUUAUUUAUUUACCAUGUUAAAACAAUAAACACAAUUACAUUCAUUCAUAUUGUUUUUUCAUCAUCUAUAUUUAAAAUGAAAAGUGAAAUGACUUGACAGAACGAACCUGAUUCUCCUUCACUACUCUGACCGCACACCGUGAAUCCUGAAAUCAAAGGUCAUGGUGGUGUAUGUGAAAGGUUUCAUGUUUAACGGUUUUUAUUUGGUUUUGUCAAAGAGUUUCAGCUGUUACACCUGAUAGUGUU